AUGAAGAGAGAGAAAGUUUUGAGUCGGGCAGAGAGUAGCGUCCGGCAUGGUGGCGCUGACCAACGACGACCAUCCAAGGCCUUCACCUCCGGCAUGAAGAGUGGGAAAGGAAAAAAAGAGGACAAAUCUUACUCUGAUUCUUCAUUGUCAAAGGAUGCAUAUCCUGAUGCAAGCAAAUUGUCGACACCAGGAACAAUGAAAACGACGGAUGCAGGCAAGGCGUCACAGUGGCGGGUGGAGGCGAUGAGUCACAGCGGCGAUCGGAGACGAGCUUAUGCAAUGGUGGUCGGAUGUGAGGCGAUGCGGCGACAGUGGUCGAAGGCAAGGCGAUGCAGCAUCUGA